AUGGUGACAUGGCGGCGCACAGCGACAGCCCAGUCCCAGCUGAACUCAACAACAGUAAUCCCGGUGGGGGGGGGGGGGGGGGGGGCGAACGGUGCGGCGUCUGGAGUUCAACCAGGCUACGGAGGACUUCAGGACCAUGUUCCCCAGCAUGGAGCAGGAGGUGAUGGAGUAUGUGCUGCGGGCCAACCACGGAGCCGUGGACUCCACUAUCAACCAGCUGCUCUCCAAAUGAGCCUGGACGGACACGGCUCUGACGACAGCUCCGACUCAGAGGACAGUAUCCCUCCUGAGAUCCUGGAGCGGACGUCGGAGCCGGACAGCUCUGACGAGGAGCCCCCGCCGGUCUACUCCCCGCCCUCCUAUGACAUGCACAUCUACGACAGGAAGUACCCAGAUGAGGUCCUGCCCACAGCCUCACCACCACCACCCAGCUUUGAUGCCAGUCAAUCCCGUCCCUGCCAGCCCCCUCCUGGUCCACCCCCUCCUGCCAGUCAAAGGCAGGUUGGAAGUUACAGGAACUGGAAGUUACAGGAACUGGAAGUUACAGGAACUGGAAGUUAUAGGAACUGGAACCCACCGUUACUAGGCGACCUCCCUGAUGACUUCCUGCGGAUCCUGCCUCAGCAGCUGGGCAGUCUGCCACAUUGUUGAGCCUGGGGCGGCGGCCAGGGCUGGCCAGGUUGGCAUGGAGACGGACCAGUUGCAACGCAACCGCAAGUUCCUCAUCGCCCUUGAGAGAGAUCGGCUGCAGUGUGAGUCAAAGACAUCCAAGUCCCAUCAUUCACCAGCUUUCAUGGGGAUGUCCUCUCCAGGAGAUAAUUAUGCCUCAGGCUCUGGGGAGGCCUGCACCAAUGUUACAGAUGAUGCCUUGUUCCGUGACAAACUCAAGCACAUGGGCAAAUCUACGCGGAAGAAGCUUUUUUGA